AUGAACCUUUACCAGGCGGUUAGAGACGCGAUGAGUAUUGCGCUGCUGAAGGAUGAGAACGCUGUCGUAUUCGGAGAAGAUGUAGCCUUUGGAGGCGUUUUUCGUUGUACCAUGGGUCUUGCAGAAGAAUUUGGUCGCGAGCGUGUCUUCAAUACACCUCUUUCAGAGCAAGGCAUUGCAGGCUUCGGAAUCGGACUCGCUGCCAUGGGCCACACCGCCAUAGCAGAGAUCCAAUUCGCGGAUUACAUCUACCCAGCCUUUGACCAACUUGUAAACGAAGCUGCUAAGAUUCGAUACCGCAGCGGUGGUCAGUUCAAUGUGGGUGGACUUACCAUUCGGACGCCAACAAUGUCGGUGGGCCACGGGGGAUUGUAUCAUUCCCAGAGCCCUGAAGGUUUCUUUAUGGGUGCAGCUGGGCUGAAGAUCGUCAUUCCACGUUCUCCCAUCCAAGCGAAAGGUCUUCUGCUUGCUUCCAUACGAGACCCGAACCCCGUCAUCUUCAUGGAACCAAAGAUAUUAUACCGUUCCGCAGUCGAACACGUCCCAGUAGACGACUUCACCCUCCCUCUCUCCCGCGCCGAGAUCCUCACUCCGGGUACAGACCUAACCCUCCUCACCUGGGGCACGCCCGUAUACCACUGCGAAACCGCCCUCCGCAUACUCUCCAACCCACCCCCGUCCCUCGCACCCCACAUCCCUCAGUCCCUCCGCUCCGCCAAGAUCGAACUGAUCGACUUGCGCACGAUAUUGCCGUGGGACGCGGAGACGGUGAUCGAGAGCGUGAAGAAGACGGGGAGGUUGGUCGUCGUGCAUGAGGCGGGGAAGACGGGAGGUGUGGGGGGAGAGAUCGCGGCGGAGGUGCAGAAGAAGGCGUUUUUGAGGAUGCAGGCGCCGGUGAGGAGGGUUGCGGGCUGGGAUACGCCCGUUGGUUUGCAGUACGAGAAGUUCAUCAUACCGGACGCUGUGCGGAUAUUAGACGCUAUCCUCGAGACUUUGACAUAUUGA